UGUGAAUAAGUAUUCAAGUAGUAAUCUGUAAUUAUAAUGAGUAAUCCAGUGUCCCAGUUCAUCAGUUCCUUUUACACUGGAUUCGACGAAUUGAAUUGUACAUAUUUUGACAAUCAGUUAAUUGAAAUUUGUGAAACGGUGGAAGCAGUGUAUAAUAGGGAGAAAGACUUCGAUCCCUAUUUUGAUAAAUACCUCGUGAAAAUUUGUGAAUUUAUGGAAAAAACAAUCAAAAUGGAACAACACAGAGGUGUAAAACGGGAAGCUCAAAACAGUAUUUAUCCAAAUGAAAAGCGGUUAAGACUACUUGGAAAAUCUGAAACGGUGAAAAAGGAAGAAACAGAAGUUUUCGAUCCUAAUGAAAUGGAGCUAAAGCUACUUGUAAAAUCUGAAAUGGUGAUAAAGGAAGAAAAAGAAGUUUUCGAUCCAUAUUUUGAUAAAUAUCUUGUGGAAAUAUGUGAGAAGAUAGAGAAAACUGUCAAAAUAGAAAAAGUAGAGGUGAAAGUGGAAACUACUUCAUGAAUCAUCAACUUCGAGGGAUGGUGAGAGUAAUCACAAACCGAGAACAAUUAUGUGUGAAGAUUUCAAAAAUGCAGUUUCUCUAAUUUAUGUGGACUGCCCUCGGGCUGACAUUGAUCGUGGUAAUUCUUUAAUAAUUUUAUCAUGUGUGAAGAUUUGAAAAAUGCAGCUACUACAAUAUAAGUGGCCUGCCAUCGUCGUUGUAUUCUGCCUGUUCCUGAAUGUAUCGUUUAGAGGUUUUGUAUAGGUAAUAUUUAACUCGUACAUCCGCGUUCUUCCAGUGGUCUACCUGGUCAAUAUUCUCUAAGUACGUAUUUUAGGUACUUAUGCAGAUAUUGGGAUGUUAUAGCUUUUGAAGGUGUUGUAUUCAUUUUACUUCAAUUAUCUAUGGUGUGGUUGCGAUUUGCCUACCGAACCCGUCUGGCCAGCGUGGCGAAUGUGGGCCAAAUCCUCCAUUUAACUUUAGUUCAUUUGAAAGGGGUCGUGCUCCUGGAGUGUAGACGAUCGCUCUAGCUUUCUUUUAUUGAAUAUAUUC